UAUUUUUGGAGUGAACACAUGAAGGUGUGGCUCUACACUCUGCAGGUGGAGCCCCGCCUCCUUCCAGGAAGCAGCUCACCUGUGUGUCCGUGUUUAGUGUCCAGGUGAAGGUAGAAAGUGUGUGUGAGCUGGUGUGAAUUCAGCAGCAUGGAUCAGUGUGAGGACAGAGAGGAGGGAGUCCCUCCCUCUAAAACCACUCUGUGUGGGGAACAUGAGAGCCAGACCAAAGCUCAGAGGAACCCACCUGGACCUGGACCUGGACCCGGACCUGGCUGUGUGUCCUUAAAGAGUGACGGGUCUGCAGCACGUUUCAUUGAUUUUAAAGGUCAGCGUGCGUCUGCUGCAGAGAGACUGACUCAGGAGGAAGAGGAGGACAGAGCAGAGCCUGCAGGAUCCAGCUGUCCGUCCAUGAGGAGUGACCGGUCCAAACAUGAACCUCCAUACUUCAGUGAUGGACCAACAGAAGUGGACCAGCAGAGCUCAGAGGGUCCCAGUGGUCAGUCUGCCCAGCAGCAUCAAACACAGCUGGACUCCAUAUUUCAGCUGCUGGAGGACAACAUCAUCACUUUUGUAAAGGACGAGCUGAAGAAGAUCCAGAAGAUCCUGAGUCCAGAUUACCCAGAAUGCUUAGAGAGGGAGGAUGAAGAGCAGAGGAGGAGCAGCAGAGAGGCAUUAGUGAAGAUCACAGUGGACUUCCUGAGGAGACUGAAGCAGGAAGAGCUGGCUGAGCGUCUGCAGAGCAAACGUCGUGCUGCAGUUUGUGGACGUGAACUUAAAUCUGCUCUGAAGAAGAAGUUCCAGUGUGUGUUUGAGGGCAUCGCUAAAGCAGGAAACCCAACCCUUCUGAAUCAGAUCUACACAGAGCUCUACAUCACAGAGGGAGGGGCUGCAGAGGUCAAUGAGGAACAUGAGGUCAGACAGAUUGAAACAGCAUCCAGGAAACCAGACAGACCAGAAACAACAAUCAGACAAGAAGACAUCUUUAAAGGCUCACCUGGAAGAGAUGAACCAAUCAGAAGAGUGCUGACAAAGGGAGUGGCUGGCAUUGGGAAAACAGUCUUAACACAGAAGUUCACUCUGGACUGGGCUGAAGACAAAGCCAACCAGGACAUCCAGUUCAUGUUUCCACUGACUUUCAGAGAGCUGAAUGUGCUGAAAGAGGAAAAGUUCAGCUUGGUGGAACUUGUUCAUCACUUCUUCACUGAAACCAAAGAAGCAGGAAUCUGCAGCUUUGAAGACUUCCAGGUUGUGUUCAUCUUUGAUGGUCUGGAUGAGUGUCGACUUCCUCUGGACUUCCACAAAACUACAAUCCUGACUGAUGUUACAGAGUCCACCUCAGUGGAUGUGCUGCUGACAAACCUCAUCAGGGGGAACCUGCUUCCCUCUGCUCACCUCUGGAUAACCACACGACCUGCAGCAGCCAAUCAGAUCCCUCCUUGGUGUGUUGGCAGAGUGACAGAGGUCAGAGGGUUCACUGACCCACAGAAGGAGGAGUACUUCAGGAAGAGAUUCAGAGAUGAGGAGCAGGCCAGCAGGAUCAUCUCCCACAUCAAGACAUCACGAAGCCUCCACAUCAUGUGCCACAUCCCAGUCUUCUGCUGGAUCACUGCUACAGUUCUGGAGGAUGUGCUGAAAACCAGAGAGGGAGGAGAGCUGCCCAAGACUCUGACUGAGAUGUACAUCCACUUCCUGGUGGUUCAGGCCAAAGUGAAGAAGGUCAAGUAUGAUGGAGGAACUGAGACAGAUCCACACUGGAGUCCAGAGAGCAGGAAGAUGAUUGAGUCUCUGGGAAAACUGGCUUUGGAUCAGCUGCAGAAAGGAAACCUGAUCUUCUAUGAAUCAGACCUGACAGAAUGUGGCAUCGAUAUCAGAGCAGCCUCAGUGUACUCAGGAGUGUUCACACAGAUCUUUAAAGAGGAGAGAGGGCUGUACCAGGACAAGGUGUUCUGCUUCAUCCAUCUGAGUGUUCAGGAGUUUCUGGCUGCUCUUCAUGUCCAUCUGACCUUCAUCAUCUCUGGAGUCAAUCUGCUGGAAGAACAACAAACAACCUCCACGUGGUCUCAAUUACUUAGCAAACCAAAGCUACAAGCUCUCCAUCAGAGUGCUGUGAACAAGGCCUUACAGAGUCCAAAUGGACACCUGGACUUGUUCCUCCGCUUCCUCCUGGGUCUUUCUCUGCAGACCAAUCAGAGUCUCCUACGAGGUCUUCUGACACAGACAGGAAGUAGCUCACAGACCAAUCAGAAAACAGUCCAGUACAUCGAGAAGAAGCUCAAUGAGAAUCUGUCUGCAGAGAAAAGCAUCAACCUGUUCCACUGUCUGAAUGAACUGAAUGAUCGUUCUCUAGUGGAGAAAAUCCAACAGUCCCUGAGAUCAGGAAGUCUCUCCACAGAUAAACUGUCUCCUGCUCAGUGGUCAGCUCUGGUCUUCAUAUUACUGUCAUCAGAAGAAGAUCUGGAUGUGUUUGACCUGAAGAAAUACUCUGCUUCAGAGGAGGCUCUGCUGAGGCUGCUGCCAGUGGUCAAAGUGUCCAACAAAGCUCUACUGAGUGGCUGUAACCUCUCAGAAAAAAGCUGUGAAGCUCUGUUCUCAGUUCUCAGCUCCCAGUCGUCUAGUCUGAGAGAGCUGGACCUGAGUAACAACGGCCUGCAGGAUUCAGGACUGAAGCUUCUGUCUGCUGGACUGCAGAGUCUCACCUGUAAACUGAAUACUUUGAGACUGAGUGGCUGUAACCUCUCAGAGAGAAGCUGUGAAGCUCUGUCCUCAGUUCUCAGCUCCCAGUCCUCUAAUCUGAGAGAGCUGGACCUGAGCAACAACAACCUGUGGGAUUCAGGACUGAAGCUUCUGUCUGCUGCAGUGCAGAGUCCAUAUUGUAUGGUGGAAACUCUCAGACUGAGUGGCUGUAACCUCUCAGAGAAAAGCUGUGAAGCUCUGUCCUCAGUUCUCAGCUCCCAGUCCUCUAGUCUGAGAGAGCUGGACCUGAGCAACAACAACCUGCGGGAUUCAGGACUGAAGCUUCUGUCUGCUAGACUGCAGAGUCUCACCUGUAAACUGAAUGCUUUGAGACUGAGUGGCUGUAACCUCUCAGAGAGAAGCUGUGAAGCUCUGUCCUCAGUUCUCAGCUCCCAGUCCUCUAAUCUGAGAGAGCUGGACCUGAGCAACAACAACCUGCGGGAUUCAGGACUGAAGCUUCUGUCUGCUGCAGUGCAGAGUCCAUAUUGUAUGGUGGAAACUCUCAGUCUGUCAGGCUGUCUGAUCACAGAGGAAGGCUGUACUUCUCUGGCCUCAGCUCUGAGCUCCAACCCCUCCCAUCUGAGAGAGCUGGACCUGAGCUACAAUCAUCCAGGAGACUCAGGAAUGAAGCUGCUGUCGGCCGCACUGAAGGACCCACGCUGGAGACUGGACACUCUCAGGGCGGAGCCUGCUGGAGAACGAUGGCUGAUCCCAGGUCUGAGGAAGUAUUCCUGUCAGGCUGUCAGAGGAAACAUCAGAGAGCAGGUGGACGACCCUCCAGCUCUGACCAAUGAGAGCGCAGAGACUCUGCAGAGGUAA